AUGGGGAACAAAGUUGUUACAUUUACGGAACAGCAGCUGGAGGAUUAUCAGGACUGCACAUUUUUCACGAGGAAGGAAAUAUUAAGGGUUUUCAAACGAUUCAGAGACGUAAAUCCAGAUCUCGUACCGAAACGUAUGACAGAGAACCAAGCUCAUACUAUAGCAGUGCCCGUGGAGGAAAUAGAAAAACUGCCAGAGCUUAAGGAGAAUCCUUUCAAACGUCGCAUCUGUCAAGUAUUUUCGCACGAUGGUUCCGGAAACCUAACGUUCGAGGACUUCCUAGAUAUGAUGUCGGUAUUCAGCGAAGCGGCGCCGCGGGAUAUAAAAGCCUGGUACGCUUUUCGGAUCUAUGAUCUCGACGAUGAUAUGUACAUAGGUCGAGAGGAUCUACUAGAAGCUACACGCUUACUUACAAAGGGAGAGCUACAUCAACAAGAGCGCGAUGAGAUAGUCGCAAGUGUACUCGACGAGGCCGACGUGGAUGGAGACGGGAAAUUAUCUUUCAUGGAUUUCGAGCACGUAGUCGUCCGGGCACCGGAUUUUUUGUCUACAUUUCACAUUAGGGUUUAA